AUGGCCGCCGACGCGCCACAAACGCUGCGCGAAUGGCUCCGCGAGGGCUCCUUCAGCCUGGCGCUCUCGCAGGGCUUCUGCUGCUUCCCGGCGCUGGCCGGCGCGCUGCUCGCGAUCGAGGAGGCGCUGGACGUACCGUUAAGGCGGAAGGUCCACGCGGUGAGCGGCAGCUCAGGGGGCGCCAUCGUCGCGGCCUUUGUUGCCGCGGGCCACAGCGUGCGAUCACUCGGCCCGCGCGUCUCGGCGCUCUCGCCGAACGAGCUGAUGGAUCCAAUCGGCGACUCGGGCCUGCUGCGGGGCGGUCUCUGCGCGGGCGCGAAGACGAAGCGAGCACUGUCGGAAAAUCUCGGUGCGAAUGACUUCUCGGACCUGCGGAUCGACUUCGCCGCGUCGGCGUUGCGCCUCGACCGGCUGCGACUCGAACGCGUCGACUCCGGUGACUGCAGCGCCGCGGUCGUGGCGUCGUGCGCCGUUCCCGGCUUGUUCGCGCCGCAACGGCUGCCCAGCGGUUUGUAUGCGGAUUUCGCGGUAUUGCUGGACCCGUGCGGCGAGUUCGCGCUACCAUCGCUGCCGCCGAGCGGACGCUUGCUUUCGCUGGUCGCCGGCGACUGGAACCCGCGGUGCUGGGCCGAGGCGUCGCCGUCGCGGCUCCCGCGUCGCCUCGGCGGCGAUGCUGUCGUCGUGUCGCUCCGCGUCUCCGGCGUCUCACGAGUGUGGCCGUGGGCCAUACGACGCCUCGGCGCGAGGGCGCACCGCGAGAGCUAUCUCGCCGUCCACGCGGCUCUUGACCGGCCGCUCGACGCCGGGCGCGAGCCGCGGCAUUUUCGGGUGGAGGCGGUGCCGCCCUCGUAA